UCGAAAGCCAAAUGAACCCCAAGUUCAGCCAACCGCUCAAUUUCCAUUUCCUCAUCGAAAACCUUCCACACCAUCAUCAUCAUUCAUCAAUGGCGUCUUCUUCAUCUCUUCACAUUUCAGCAACGCUACCACUCUCUUCACCUUCCAAUGCCCAACAACUUUUCCCCCUCACUCACAUCUCGUCGGUUGGAUUUUCCGAUAAAAACAAGUGGCAGGGGGGCAUCCGAAGUAAUCAGAGCUCUGUUGGUAGAAUUAUAUCUGAAUCAAAAGAGCCACCAAAUGUUUCUGAUUCGCUACAAAUAGGAUCGCCAAUUAUCAUAGUUGAAGCUCCUAAAAUGUUGAAGACAGCCGCUUCUGUUCCUUGCCUUAGGGUUAAUUCUGGUUUAGUCAAAGCCGGUGAUGUUGGCAGGAUUAUGUCAAGGAAGCCCAAGGAUGUAUGGGCCGUUCGACUGACAAUUGGUACUUAUCUCAUAGAUGGAAAGUACUUCAAGCCGUUGCAGUUAGAAGCUGAUAACUAAUCAUUUCUUCUGUAAGUAUCUCAUAAUGUAUACAUUAAUCAUACACCACACCAUGGUGCUAGACUGACAAUCUAUAUAAAAUUAUUAAGUCCAAUAGCACUAGACUAGUUUAAAAAGUAUGUAAUGCCUAACUCCAUAAAAGCAAGCACAUGGAGAUGGACCCAUCCUAGAUUAUCUUGUUCCUUUUAAUCUUAUAAGAGAAACAAAAUGCUUUUUUA